AUGGCUGCUGUUGGAGUAGAAGUGAAGCGUGCGGAUGGUGCACCAGAGGAGCAUUGCUCUGCCAAGCUAACCAAGCAGGGCGAGGGUCUUCGACAGUACUAUACUCAGCACAUCCAUGAGCUACAACUCCUUCUCCGUCAAAAGACUCAUAAUCUUAAUCGUCUCGAGGCUCAACGUAACGAGCUCAAUUCUAGGGUGAGGAUGCUUCGUGAAGAGCUGCAGCUUCUUCAAGAGCCUGGCUCAUAUGUUGGUGAAGUUGUCAAAGUUAUGGGCAAGAACAAAGUGUUGGUCAAGGUCCAUCCGGAAGGGAAAUAUGUUGUUGAUAUCGACAAAAAUAUUGACAUCACGAAGAUCACGCCAUCUACUAGAGUUGCUCUCCGCAAUGACAGUUAUGUGCUUCAUUUAGUUCUUCCAAGCAAAGUUGAUCCAUUGGUCAAUCUGAUGAAAGUUGAGAAAGUUCCUGAUUCUACAUAUGACAUGAUUGGUGGUUUAGACCAGCAAAUCAAAGAAAUAAAAGAGGUCAUUGAGCUUCCAAUUAAACAUCCUGAGCUGUUUGAAAGUCUUGGAAUAGCUCAACCAAAGGGUGUCCUUCUCUAUGGGCCGCCUGGUACCGGAAAAACAUUGUUGGCUAGGGCAGUAGCACAUCACACUGAUUGUACAUUCAUCAGGGUGUCUGGUUCUGAACUAGUUCAGAAAUACAUUGGAGAAGGUUCAAGAAUGGUCAGGGAACUUUUCGUUAUGGCCAGGGAGCAUGCUCCAUCAAUUAUCUUCAUGGACGAAAUUGACAGUAUUGGAUCAGCCCGAAUGGAAUCUGGAAGUGGCAAUGGUGAUAGUGAGGUGCAGCGUACUAUGUUGGAACUUCUAAACCAGUUGGAUGGAUUUGAAGCUUCGAAUAAGAUCAAGGUUUUGAUGGCCACCAAUCGGAUUGAUAUCCUAGAUCAAGCACUCUUGAGACCUGGACGGAUUGACAGAAAGAUUGAAUUUCCAAACCCUAAUGAAGAGUCUCGCCGGGAUAUCUUGAAAAUCCAUUCAAGAAGAAUGAAUUUAAUGCGUGGGAUUGACUUGAAGAAGAUUGCUGAGAAGAUGAAUGGAGCAUCUGGUGCCGAGUUAAAGGCUGUAUGCACAGAAGCUGGAAUGUUUGCUUUGAGGGAGAGGAGGGUACAUGUGACCCAGGAGGAUUUUGAGAUGGCUGUGGCCAAGGUCAUGAAGAAGGAGACAGAGAAAAACAUGUCUUUGAGGAAGUUAUGGAAGUGA